UGUAAACCAGAAAUAGCAAGUAACGUUAAUUCGGCCCAUUGUACAAAGUGCAAUAAUACAAUACGUACGUACUAUCAAUGAAUCUUGGUAGCUUCCGUCACAAUUUCAGGAUGUCAGACCAUUUUCCUUUGAAUCGUCCGUCUUUGUCCAACACCGACCAUUUGCCGGUAUAUAUAAGUCAACGAGCCAUUGGGUCACAUAAUCUUGUCGAUUUUUCGAAAGCAAUCACGCGGACAAGAAGAAAAGGGUUUUAGCUGGAACCGCUAAAAUGCAGGCUAUCAAAUUUUUCCCUCUUUUGUUUUGUGUUGUUUGUGCAGCUCCAAGCGUCAGGAUAUAUCCUGAACAGUCUCCUCCGCAGUUGAUGACAUUACCAAGCAAUGCAACGAUAAUAAGAACUGAUAUAACAGAUUCCUUCAGCUGUGAAGGACGAGAGUACGGAUAUUAUGCAGACGUGGAUAAUGAUUGUCAAAUUUUUCACGUGUGCUUACCAGUUAACUACGGCGAUGGACGAUCGCAGAUGUUUCGGUGGAGUUUCAUUUGUCCAGAAGAAACUGUUUUCAGUCAGGAAAUUUUCACAUGUAUUAGCAGAGACGAUAUGGUCAUUGACUGUAUGGAAUCCCCCAAGUUUUACAUUCUCAAUAGAAACAUUGGCGUAGAGAAAGAACAUACCAGAGAAGAGGACAGUUCAUCUCCGAUGCCUCAAAAUCAUUCCAGUAUUGACGACGUCCCCGCAGUGCCCGAAGUUCCACAAUCGUUAGAGAAAAAAAACUUAAGAAAGGCAUAUGAGAACAAACGAAAAGUCAUAGAGUAAUAACGAUAUUAUUUUGAUAAAAAAAAGCUAUUUAACCGUCAAGAAGCAUUACUAUUAACUAACUACUAAUGGACAGACAGACUGUGAAUUUCAAUUGCCAUCUCUAACUCAAGUAUAGUGAAAAAGUAGAGUUUGCAGAACUAGUAUAUUAUUUCUUUUUUUGUUUUCAAAUGCCUCUCUUAUGCAUUGUCUCCUGAUUGCGGAAGUGAAUAAUUGGGCGUAAUACAAGUAUGCCCUAGACAAAAAUUUUCAGUCUCUCAGAGUCUUUUAGCGUCUCUCACAGUCUCUCAGUUAUUGCCUAG